CGCAUCUCUUCUGAUAAUCUCCAUCACACCAAUAAUUCCCAAUGCUAGACUGGCUCUCAGAUUCCGGGCAAUAAUAAACUGCAUGGCAAGCACGGUGAGUUGCCGGAUAUCCGGUAUCUCACAGGUUCAACUUCGUCUGCGUGCAUUUGUUUGUGACAUGUAAAUAUUUUGACAGAAACUAAUAAAAUAUCUACAGAUUUAAUAAGUCUACGCCGAUAUAAAGUUCUUGGGGUCACAAUGUCCGUGCUUCAAAUGCAGGCGGAAUGGGCUGCAAUUGUUGAAAUUAUACUGCUCCUGAUCUGGGCUAUAUGCUUCACAUUAAGAAGUAUUUAUUAUGGAAUAGCCUCUGCCUCGGAACUGGAAGCCUUUUCUUGGCCAUUUGCCCUGUCCAGAUUUGUGGGAAAAAUUGUAUUCAUCGCGUUUCAUGUGAUCUUGGCAAUUUUCAUGUACAGAAGUGCCAGACAGAGGAAUGAAUCUCGGCUUCGUGUUUGGUUUAUCAUCAGACUAAUUCUUGGAUUUUUAGUUGUAUUAUUUUUAAUUGGCGACAUUUUGUCAUUGUUAUCAGUCUUUGGGUUUGAUAUUUAUACUAUUUUCAUGCUCAGUUUAUACAUCUCGUGGACAUGUUUUAUCGUAUAUUCAUUACUAAUUGUUCGAUGGCUAAUUCAGGAGAUUCAACAUGAUGGUGUGAUUGCGCGAACUAUGUAUACCAUGUAUUCUGGACGAAGUCCUUAUUAAUCCAUAAGUUAGAGAUUUAUUUACUUAAUUGUUAUAUUUUCUAUAUAUGAAUAAUUCCGGAAAAAAUAUACUUUAUUUUCAAUAUGUUCGACUAGGUCAUAAAUUAUCAAUCAAUCUUUUAUGCAUACAAGAGUUAAUGUUAGUCAUGCAGAUCAGAUGAAUCAAUUCAAUACAACAUGUGCACCUAUUGUAUUUUAUUAUCUACAUACGUGAAUGAUGAUAUACCGUUGACUCGGUCGGCUUUCAAUCUCACUGACCUACUUUUUUUGGGCAAAAUAUGCUGCGAUACGAGCAAUAAAAUCUUAUGCAAAUAAGUUGAUAAUUCGAAAUAUAGGUUAACAAGACUGCAACGACAAAAAGUAAUGAUUUGUUAAACUUCGUUCAUUUCCGAAUACAUAGAACUGCUUCAAACUUAUUUGAUUCACAGAUUUUAGUUUAUUCAGUUAUAGCGUGCAAUUUUACACGUACAUAAUAACCAAGGAUUUCUGGUAUCAAAUUCAAAAUGAAGCAAAGCUUUCCAGGAAUUUCCCCCUUGGCGAAGGACAUUACGCAAAAAUAUCUUAAAACCCACCAAGAGUUUCAGGUCCAAAAUACAUCUCUGAAACUAACAUGUGUCAUUUUGGUGGUCGUUGUCGUUUUUAACACAAUGUUUUCUGCACUGUUGGUCUAUAAAAAUGCGCUUAUGGCCGAAGAAAAUCUGCAACUUAUUCAGGAAAAUCAAGCCCUGAUGGGUUUCCAUCAAUUGGUUAAUCAAAUGUUUGCUUCAGAACCGAUAAAUGGCGAUUCUGAAAAGUUUGCAAGGAUGGUUGAUACUCGACUUACUCCGAGAGAAGAUUGUCCUCCCUGUACGACUGAGAAACCCACAAUUGUUCAACCUCAUAAAAACCCAGUUUCAAUUUUAAAUGAACUUACAAGUCAUGCGUCAUACGACUGUGAUCACCAAUGUCUCAAUCCACCAAUUCAUCUGUCCACGCUGACCGUAACAGAUCCUGACCUGCCGGAAAGCACAUUUACUGGAAAAGGGGACAGCAAACAAAGGUCGAAACAAGUAGCGGCUUAUCGGGCUUUGGAGGCAUUAUUCCCAGAACAUUUGGAUGAAGUUGGAGAUGACCUAAUGCCUGAUUUAGAUUUCAAUCCCAUUUGUUUGGAUCCUAAGCUGAUCAUGGUGCAUCCAAGCCGUAAAAAGUGUUGAAUUUUGAAUAUGCUUUAAACAGUGCAAUGGUAUAUUUGACAGAAUUAAAUUGGCCUAAAUGGCAGCGGAAAAGUUGAAGAAUUGUUCCAUGAAUGAAACUUAUAAUUUGUAUCCCUAAAUGUCAUAAAAUAUCGAUGUAACAUAUGAAUAAUUACUUUUGCUGACUACAUAGUGGCAAUUUACAAAAGGAAAUGAAAUACAAAUCGAUUGCAACUGAACCAUGAA